AUGAAUGUGAGACCGGAGCCAAAAUAUGCUCUGGGCAACAGAUGUCUGCUCCAAGCUGAGAGGAAUUUCAGAGCGAGAUUCCAGAACGAAUCACGCUUGGCUCGCCAGACUCUGACCUUCCGUGAGCAACAGUGUGCCGUAUACAACCACCGAAUGGACAUGUUCAAAGAUUAUCCAUCGCCCAUGGACUGGGUGCCACGUUACAGCGGCGUGGCCAAGCGUGACCAGUGCAAGCUGACUUGCCAAUCCCAUGCCUUGGGCUACUAUUACGUGCUGGAGCCAAGGGUGGCCGAUGGGACGCCCUGCACUCCGGAUUCUACCUCGGUCUGUGUCCAGGGACGCUGUGUCCACGCUGGCUGCGACCGCGUCAUCGGGUCCAAGAAGAAGUUUGACAAAUGCAUGGUGUGCGGUGGAGACAAUUCGAGAUGCACAAAAAUCUACCGCUCCUUCACCAAGCCUCAGUAA